AAUAAAAUAGCAACAACACCAAAAAGAAAAGCAUCCAUCACCACCAACAGCACCAAAAACAGAAACAUCUCUGCGCCAACAACACCCCACGUCCCAACCAACCAGGAUAACCACCCAACAGAGCAGGCAUCUACCCGGAACACAACCACCCAUCAACCACCACACCAUGACCACCAUGACCACCCCCACCCCCCCAAACCAAAACGCAAAGAAAACAAUCCUCUUCCUCGGCGCCACCGGCGGCGUCGCCCUCUCCGCGCUCCGCCGCUCCCUCGCCGCAGGGCACACCUGCAUCGCGCUCUGCCGGACCCCAGCCAACCUCACCGCCCAGCUCGAUCACACCACGUGGUCCAACCUACACAUCAUCCAGGGCGACGCGCACGACGCUUCCACACUACACGCCUGCCUGCGCACGCCCGCAACUGAGGACGGUAAGGAGGGUGGACGGGUGGUGGACACGAUCGUGUCGUCGCUCGGCGCGAAACCGACGUGGAAGGGCAUCUCGGACGCGCACGUCUGCGAGAAGGGGAUGGUGGCGCUGCUGGAGGCGCUGAGGCGGCGGCGGGCCGAGGAUGGGGAUGGGGAUGGGGAUGGGGAUGCGGCCCGAGGGAAGAAGGUGGUGGUGCCGCGGCUGGUGGCGGUGACCAGCACGGGCAUCUCGGACGUGGCGCGCGACGUGCCGCUGCCGCUGAUGAUGCUGUACCGGGCGCUGCUGCACACGCCGCACGCGGAUAAGAAGGCGAUGGAGGGGUUGGCGGUGGCGGCGGGCAAGGCUGGGGAGGUGGAGUGGACGUUUGUGAGGGGCAGUUUGUAUACGAAUGGGCCCGAGACGGAGGGGCUGGUGCGUGUUGGUGUCGAGGAUCCGGUGAAGGGGGUUGUGGAGAAGGAGGCGAUGGGGUAUACCAUCAGUCGGGAGGACGUGGGGAAGUGGGUGUUUGAGGAGUGUCUGGAAGGGGAUGGGAGGCAGUGGGUUGGGAAGGCGGCUAUUCUGACGUAUUAAGGGAGGCUGGGUGUGCAUGUGUAGGACUUGGAGCUUUUUGCAGGAUGCUGGCGUUGAGGUUGGCUCAGACAGUGUGGGAUUAAUAGAUAAU